UGUUCCUCGCAACUCAGAGCGAGCCAGACAAACCAAGUCUUCCUCCUAUCAACAGCUAGCUGAAGAUGAAGACUGCACACACGCUGCUCCUGGCAGUCGCCUUCCUCGUGUUGGCAUCAGAGGCUGUGGUGAAGGCGGACAAUUGUGCAGCGUCACUUCACAAGACGCCGCUACCGUGUGAUCAGGUAGGUUGCCUGCACAUUUGCCGCGAGCAUGUGAAUGGGGAAGGGCACGCGUGCCCUCAGUGCAGUUGGAGUGCUAGUUGCAACUAUAAUGGAUUAUGCCGGUGUGAUGUCUGCCUCCCUCCUCCUUCAGCUCCUAUCCAACACCAACAGAGCGACUGAUAUAUACUGGUACUACCUUUCUGAGAUAGGGACAGGAUAGUUGGUUCUCUGUAAUAAGAUCACGGUGUACCGGGCGUGAUCUACUCAUUGUACUAGAAUGCAUGGGAAUCUGAUAUCACUUCACCGGUUAUAUGAUAUAAUGAAAUGAGCUAGCUAUGUCUUUUUAGACGGCUAUAUAUAUUGCUAUGUGAAAGGUAGAGGAAUAAAAACUUGAUAUUCGGUGUGUGCUGUCA